CAGGGUGCGGGGCGGGGGGGAGGGGGGCGCCCACCGCUCCCGCGGCCGCUGCCCGCGGCGCCCCCAGCUCUUCGGGGCCCGGUGUGCGGGCCCGUUCGAGAGCUACCUGCUUUUCAGCCGCGUCUGCGGAACGGAAGGGAGGGUCCCGGACUUCAGUCCCAGACGGUGGGGAUGGCGAUGGCUUCCGUGCGGAUCCGACAGGCCGAGGAGGGAGACUGUGGAAAUAUCCUGAAGCUGAUUCGGGAACUAGCCGAGUACGAGAAACUCUCGGACCAGGUGAAGAUCAGUGAGGAAGCCCUGAGAGCAGACGGCUUCGGAGAGAAUCCUUUCUAUUGCUGUUUGGUGGCUGAACUUCUUCCCGCCCCCGGGGAGCCACAGGGGCCCUGUGUGGUGGUGGGCUAUGGGCUAUACUACUUCAUCUAUAGCACUUGGAAGGGGCGCAACGUUUAUCUGGAAGACAUCUAUGUGAAGCCCGAAUACCGGGGUCAGGGGAUUGGUUCCAAAAUAAUCAAAAAGGUGGCUGAGGUGAGGAGAGGGAUGGGGCCACCGGCCGGGUUCUGGAAAAGCAAGCAUGUGGCCCUGGAAAGGGGCUGCUCCCAGUUGCGCCUCACAGUCCUGGACUGGAACAAGGGGGCCAUGGACUUGUACAAGGCCCUGGGUGCCCGAGACCUGACUGAAGCCGAGGGCUGGCACUCCUUCCGCUUCGAAGAAGAGGCGAUGAGGGAGUUGGCAGGAAAGUGACGCCGUUCCUUGGGCAUCUCUGUCUUUGGCCUCCUCCCUCCCCACCUGCUCAAGCACUGACAGAGGCCUCCCGGAAGGAAGAGAGGUUGGGAGCCGCUCAACCGGAAGUACAGAAAGAGCAGAAUUGAGGGAGAGGCCCUUCCAUCUCCCUGUUGAGGAUGAGAAUUGCUGAGCCCCGAUGUGGUGCUGGUGGAGGAGGACUUGAUGGUGCAAUAAAGCUCCGGCCCCUUCAGGACCCUUCUCGAGUGCCCUGCUUGGUGGAGGCUGCUGCGGGGGGGGGGGGGGGGGGAAGGUGGGCCCAAGGUGACUUUCGCUCACCCUCCGUGGGCCAGAGCCCCGGCUCCGGGCUGUGGAACAUGGAGAAAAGAAGAGCAAAGUGCCAGCUUGGCACAUCAGGCUUGUCGGUCACAGUUGGGACUCAGACAAAGGCCUCCAGUGUCCGAACUGCACGCUACAGGACGCAGGACUGAGGCUGGCCCGCUGGCUCAACAUUUGGAGCAGGAUGCCACCUGCUGGUGGUGUUUCGGGGGCCCUGGGAAGGACCACUGGCCUCCACUUAAAAAAAAAAAAAGUCUGCUCAGCCUGCCAGUGCUUUUUUUUUUUUUUCCCCAGAAGUCACAAAGUCCGUAUUUUCAGUUCAGCAAAACCAAAGGACCCGUGGAGACAAGGAAGGAAACGAGCUUACGUCCUACUUUCG